AUGCUGCACAAGGGAGUCACAGGAAAAGGACACUAUCUGAAGGAUAACAGAGAGAUCAAAGAGACUAGAAAGGACACAGCCAGAGUGGCCACCUCUGUGAGACACUCUGCCUCUUCCUUGCCUUCUCUAAGGAAGAAGCAAGUGCUUCUGUGUGAGACAAGAAGAGUGCUUCUUCAGGCUCCCCAGAUGAAGGGCUUGGGGCUGGUACUGGUGCCAGGAUCUUCACAUGCAGCGUUGGGCAUCAUGCUGGUGUUGGUACUGAGUUUCCUGCCAAGCUUCUACUGUGCCCUGGGAUCAGCACGUUACUCUUCCUAUGAAAUAGUCACCCCCGGGGCUCUGACAGUUGAGGGAAGGGAAGACCCAGUGGAAGAGGUAUCUUACGUGAUAUUUAUGCAGGGCCAGAAACAGCUGAUCCACCUGAAGGUGAAGAGAGACCAUUUUGUCAAUAACUUCCCAGUCUUCAGCUACCACAAUGGCACCCUGGGACAAGAAAGGCCUUCCGUCUCACAUGACUGUCACUAUGAAGGCUACAUAGAAGGAGUCCCAGGGUCUUUUGUUUCUGUCAACACCUGCUCAGGCCUCAGGGGCGUCCUGAUUAAGGAGGGACGGUCCUAUGGCAUUGAGCCCGUGGACUCUUCACAACACUUUACCCACGUGCUGUACACCACGGCACAUCAAGCUCGAGUCUCCUGCAGCGUCACUCCCGAAGACAGCCAAGUGGUGUCCCCCAGCAGGCAACAAGGGAGCAGGAAGCCUGGAGGUCUACAGGCACCAUCCUACCUGUGGUCACACACCAAGUACGUGGAGAUGUUUGUCGUGGUCAACAACCAGCGGUUCCAAAUGUGGGGCAGUAACGUCAGUGAGACAGUCCAGAGAGUGAUGGACAUCAUCGCCCUGGCCAACAGCUUCACUAGGGGAAUAAACACAGAGGUGGUGCUGGCCGGAAUGGAGAUUUGGACCGAGGGGGACCCCAUAGAGGUCCCAGAGGACCUGCAAGUGGCACUCAGGAAUUUCAAUAGCUGGAGACAAGAGCAGCUCCUCCAUCGUGUGAAGCAUGACGUUGCCCACAUGAUUGUUGGACAGCAUCCUGAACAGGGUAUGGGGCAGGCGUUUCUCAAUGGUGCCUGUUCCACAGGCUUUGCAGCAGCUGUUGAAUCCUUCCAUCAUGAAGACGUCCUCCUGUUUGCAGCGCUCCUGGCCCACGAGCUUGGGCACAACUUGGGUAUUCAGCACGACCACUCGGCCUGCACUUGCAGAGAUAAACGCUUCUGCCUCAUGUAUGAAGAUAUCACUAAAGAAAGUGGCUUCAGCAACUGCAGCUCUGACUACUUCUACCGGUUCCUGCAGGCACACAAAGGGGCCUGCCUGUUUAACAACCCUCAGCACAAAGGCCGCCUGCGGAGGGAUUCCACCUGCGGCAACGGGGUGGUGGAGGGCGAGGAGCAGUGUGACUGCGGUUCUGCCUGUUACAGUCACCGGUGCUGUGACCAGACAUGUAGACUGAAGGGGAAUGCAGACUGUAGUGAUGGACUCUGCUGUUUUGGUUGCCGAUUGAGAAAUAAGGGGUACGUGUGCCGUUCUGCUGCGGGAGAGUGUGACCUCCCAGAGUACUGUGAUGGUACCUCUGCAGAGUGCCCUGCAGACAGCUAUAAGCAAGAUGGUACACCGUGUGAUAGACUUCACUACUGUGUUGGGGGUCGAUGUAGGAACCCUGAUAGUCAAUGCUCAGAUCUCUAUGGGUACACUGCACAGUCUGCCCCCGAAAACUGUUACAUUUCAAUAAACAGCAAAGGGAACAGGUUUGGAAACUGUGGCCGCCCCACCUCAGCAAAGUCAAGUUACGUUAAGUGUUUUGACGAUAAUAUAUUUUGUGGGAAAAUUAUAUGUACAAAUGUUAAAUGGGUCCCAUCAAUCAAACUCCAUUACACAGUGAUCCAGAUUCCUCAUGAAAAUGACUUCUGCUGGAGCAUGGAUGCCUAUAACAUUACUGAUAUCCCUGACGACGGGGAUGUGCACUCCGGCACUCCUUGCGCCCCAAACAAAGUCUGCGUGAAUUACUCCUGCACCGAUUAUGCUGCGCUCAACUAUGACUGCGAUCCAGCGAGAAUGUGUGGUGGGAGAGGGGUCUGUAACAACUUAAGGCACUGCCAUUGUGAGGUUGGCUAUGCGCCCCCUGACUGUAAAACCAUAGGUGACGGGGGUAGCGUGGACAGUGGUCCCCCUGCCAAACCAGAUGAUGAAAAUCCAAGUCAGGAUGAAAGGAAAAGUCACAGCGUUGGUCAUGGUAAUUUGGGCAGAGGUGGUGAAAAUAGAGAUGAUGGCAAAACCAUUGGCAAUCUGGUGUAUGUAUUCCCCUUGUUUCUUUUUGGAAUAUUUUUAGCUCUAAUUAUUGCUAUCAUUCUUGCGGCUAGAAAGGAUUUUUCACGGUGCUCAAAACAGGCCGUAGAAGAAACUGAAGAAGUGGCUGUACAAGAAGAGGAAGGAAGCAUAAGAGAGGAAACAACAGAAGCAGAAAGUGACUGA